ACUAGAGUCAGUUCCCGGGAUCAAGUGAAUCGCGUGGAACUGGAGGGAACUCAAGCCUACUUACCCCAAUCAUGGAUGGACAGGGCGCUCGACCAGUUUUGAUGACGAGAGUGGGCAAAUAUGGACGAUGUGAUUAUAAGAGAUUCGACAAUAUCGGCUCGACCCUUAUGCGAGCAGGCGGUGGGCGCAUCGGGAAGGUUGAGAUCGACUGCCGCUUCCUGCUCACGAAAUCCCAAUGGGGCGUCAUAGGGGAAUCGAGGAAACCGGCCGGCAUUAUCUACCUGGACCUGGAUUUCUAUCAGCCCGCGGACUGCAGGCUCGAGUCUGCAACCAUUACAGUGAUCCUGGCCGAGGACGAUGGCGAAGAGAGCCGCAUGCAGCGCCGUUUUCAUUGCCCGGUCCAGUUCACGGACGACUACGGCCCCAAGUGUAUGGUGGGGGAGGAAUCCCUUGUGCAGACCAAAGAGGUCAAGCAGCGCACCCCCGAGAUGCAGUUCAUGGGUUAUGGUGGCGGUGGGCUCGGUAUAAAUAAGGAGAAGAUCGUGCAGACCAGGGGGCGGUGGAACUUCUCCGGUCACAUCUCCUCGACUAAGGGAAGCCUGUGGUACAACAAGCUGAGAUGGGAGCUUCAGGAGAACUCGCUGGAAUGGCAGCCGACACACAGCAACCUCUUCCACACAGCAUUCGCACUCGAACAUAAUGCGACAAAGUUCUAUAUGACGGUACACGUCAGCGGCAAGCUUGCAAAGCUCUCAGACCAGAUGAAAAAGCAGAUGAAAGGCUGGAUGAAGUUCGGAGAUAACCCCAGCAAGCACCAAGAAAUAACCACCAAAAUCGAAUGGGCCGAAAGCUAUUCAAGCCCCUUGCGGCUAGACGGAAUCGCCCGAGGUCUGCACGAGAAGAUGCGUGAUGCAAAUAGGGCCGAAGUCCCAGAAGAACUUCCUAGCGCACGGGCUGCGAGCUGCUAUCCCGCCGUUCCUAGCCAAGCCCAGACGCCUAUCAUGGCCCAAGAACCACGACCCUAUUUGCAGAACGCGCAACAGCAGCAGAGCUUGAGACGGCGUUUAGAAUUGAGGGCACAGGCGGGAGUCGGCAGAGAGUCCUCGACGGCGGAGAACCCAGUUCAACAACACCCUCCUACGGUGGCGCUGGAGGACCUGAUGACGGCCGCCGGCUUCAUACUGCAACGUGCGACUCUUUCCACAACCAGGCCCACCAGAGCUGAGGCCGGUCAUGUCUCGGAACCACCGAGUUCAGUGACCCUCGUAGACUCGACGGUCGCUACAGAAGUGGGAAGACAAGAGCCCAAUCCGCCUGUCCGUAGCACUUCGGAACCACCGAGUCCAGUGACCCCAGUGCGCUCGGCUGUCGUCGGUGAAGCGGAAGAAGAACAGGGCAACGGUCCUGUCAAUGACGCCACGGUAAAGGCCACUGAAGAAGAAGGAACAGGAGAAGAAGGCAACGAGCUCGUCCAUCACACUUCGGUGAGCGACUCAGGUAAAGAAACUUUUCCGGAGAAAAGACAGGGAGACAGAGACUGGUUGGGUGCAGGUGUGACCGCCGUGCUACUGCAUUGGUUUGGAAGGUGUCUGUUGUUUUUGAGCCUCGUCGGUAAGGUAGGUGUGCCACUAAGACCGAAGUCCAGGACAGCGGGAACGGGAACGGGAGUGGAAAGUGUGAGAGCGAACAGGUCUAAGGCAGCUGUUCUUGACGAUGCCUGGGAGACCAGGCGCGUCACACUACCACCGACAAGGCCUGCCAAUCUUCGCCGGACUCGGCUUCGAGGGCUUCGAGGGCGCCGUGGGCAGCGGGCAUAUGCAUAUGUAAAUGUGAACGUGGAAAAGGGAAAGACACUGUUCUAGAGGCAGACUAGCAAAUACGAUGCAGUUGUUGAAAAGGGGCACGGAGCAGGGAGAUCCCUGUACUUCCGUCCUUUACUCAAUGCCAAGCUGCAAGCUCGAC